AUGGCGGUGGGGCGGCCAGGCGUCGGGGUGGGUGUGGUGAUCAGCAGCCCCCAUCACCCGCGCUGUGUCCUCCUUGGCCAGAGGAAAGGGCCUGUCGGGGCCGGCACCUUCCAGCUCCCGGGGGGACACCUGGAGUUCGGUGAAAGCUGGGAAGAAUGUGCUGAAAGGGAAACCUUGGAAGAAACAGCUCUUCACCUGAAAAACGUUCGCUUUGCUUCUGUCGUGAAUUCUGUCAGUACGAAGGACAAUUACCACUAUGUCACUAUUUUGAUGAAGGGAGAGGUGGAUGUGACUCAUGAAUCCGAACCACAGAAUGUAGAACCCGAGAAAAAUGAAAGUUGGAAAUGGGUCCCUUGGGAAGAAUUUCCUCCACUAGAACAAUUAUUCUGGGCUUUACGAUGUUUAAAGGAGCAAGGUUAUGAUCCUUUUAAAGAAGAUUUUAAUCACCUUGUAGGAUAUACUGGAAAGCACCCUUGAAAGAAAGCUCCGUGUACUCUGAUAUAAAUCUUAAGCUUCUCCAGAAGUGACAUCCUCUCAGUGUAUACAAAUACCGGGAACUGUUGUCAUAAAAACCAAAAGUCUCCAUUUUAUUCCUGUUUACAGUGACUGUCUUUAAAAGAAAAAAAAAAACUAUCUCUUGAUUUGAGAAGCAGCACAGCCUAGUGGGAAGA